GGAAGGAACCGCCGCACAACCAUCUGAUCUGAUCUGAAAAGUUUUCAGGCUUCUUUGGGCCGGCCCGGUCGCUAAUUGCUGUCUACUACUCUACUGAUCUUACCUCCGCCGCCGCCGCCGGCGUACGGUUGCAGAGAGAACCGGCGCAGCCGCCGAAGAUGUCCGUCGUGGUGGCGCCGGAGGUCGCGGCCGCUCUCGCGAGCUGCGGCGCGGUCGUCGCCCUCGAGUCCACCAUCAUCUGCCACGGUAUGCCGUACCCGAAGAAUCUCCAGACCGCCAUGGAGGUGGAAGCCAUCGUCAGGGACAACGGGGCUAUCCCUGCCACCGUAGCCAUCCUAGACGGAGUCCCCCAUGUCGGCCUUAACAGCGAACAAUUGAAGAGAUUGGCUAUAAGUGGAAGGCAAUUUCAGAAGACGGCUAGAAGGGAUAUUGCCCAUGUCGUCGCAUCUGGUGGCAAUGGUGCAACAACAGUUUCAGCCACUAUGUUCUUUGCUUACAAGGUUGGCAUACCAAUUUUUGUUACAGGGGGCAUAGGAGGUGUGCAUAGACAUGGUGAACAUACUAUGGAUGUCUCCUCAGAUUUAACUGAACUUGGAAAGACUCCUGUAGCUGUUGUAUCGGCAGGUGUGAAGUCUAUUUUGGACAUACCACGAACACUUGAAUACUUGGAAACUCAAGGGGUAACUGUUGCUGCUUACAGAACCAAUGAAUUUCCUGCGUUCUUCACAGAAAUUAGUGGAUGCCAGGUGCCAUGUCGUGUUGACUCUCCAGAAGAGUGUGCCAAAAUAAUAUAUGCAAACAAGAACCUGCAUCUUGGUUCUGGGAUUCUUAUUGCAGUACCUAUCCCCAAGCAUCAUGCAGCUUCAGGGAAAAUUAUAGAGUCUGCAAUACAGACAGCUCUAAAGGAGGCAGAGGAUAAAAGGAUAAUAGGAAAUGCGAUCACUCCCUUCAUGCUUGAAAGAGUAAAAGAACUAACUGGAGGAUCUUCCUUGGAAGCUAAUAUUGCACUUGUUAAGAACAAUGCUCUUAUUGGUGCGAACAUUGCUGUUGCCCUUUCUAAUCUUCAGCAGAGAAAAAUAAAUAGAAUGGGAAGAUCCGCAUUGUAGAGCCACGCUCAAGGAUGGAAGUAUUACAGCCAAAUAAGCAAUGGCAAAGUGGCAAACCAUUUCCGAGGAUGGAAGCUACCUGCAGGAUGGAAACUAGAUGUGACCGCGACGUGUCUGACAAGAAUAGGAUGCCUGCCACUUUGGCACUGUAAUAAGCUGUACACUAUCCAUGUACAAUAGUACUAUACUUAUCUCCAACAACGGCACAAUGCAAGACACCUGCGACGUUGUAAAGGGUUCAGGACCAUUUUAACUCUUUUGGUCAUUUUUCUCUUUUGGUCAUCAACGAUUGGACCAAAUCCUUUCUCCAACCUAAAAUUAACUCUGCUUUAGCAUAGGAUGUGUGUGUGAAUGUUUAGAAUGCCCUCAAACAUAGGAUGUGUGUGUGAAUGUUUAGAAUGCCCUCAAAUGUUUGAUGUGUCGAGUAAUAUUCCUAUCCCAAGAUAGAUAUUGCUUUCCCGCUUUAUUAAAACAGACUUGUUACAUGUCUGUCAUAUAUGUAGCUACAAUACAAUAACAGACUCAUCUAGCUUCCGUAAUUUAAGGGAA